CUUCCGGUAAGGACACCGGCGCGCGCCGGAAGUGCUCGGGGGGCGGCGCCGCAGCGCGCCGCGAGUCGCGGCGAUGCUGUUCUCGCUGCGGGAGCUGGUGCAAUGGCUCGGCUUCGCGCCCUUCGAGCUGCUGCUGCACGGGCUGGCGCUGCUGGCCGCCUCCGUGCUGCUCGUGCUGAAGGUGGACGGCGCGGGCGCGGGCGCGGCGCUGUCGUGGUGGGUGGUCUUCGUGCCCUUCUUUGCGGCUGACGGGCUGAGCACCUACUUCACGGCCAUCGUGUCGGUGCGCCUGUUCCAGGACGGCGAGAAGCGCCUGGCCGUGCUGCGCCUCUUCUGGAUCCUCACCCUGCUCAGCCUCAAGUUCGUCUUCGAGAUGCUGCUGUGCCAGAAGCUGGCAGAGCAGACGCGCGAGCUCUGGUACGGCCUCAUCAUGUCGCCUGUCUUCAUCCUGCUGCAGCUGCUCAUGAUUCGCGCCUGCCGCGUCAACUGACCCCGCUGGCCAGGGCUGACGCCACUGUCCUGCUCCCUGGACCGGGCCCCGACCUGUUGCUCUGAGCUGAGACGUUUCGGGUUCCCUCCGGUCGCCACCCAGCAGCCUCGUGGCUCCGGGCCAAGACGUUUUGGGUUCCAUCCAGUUGCCGCCCAUCAGCGUCAUGGCUCUGGGCUGAGACAUUUUGUGUUCCCUCCAGUCACCAUGUGUUGGCAUCAUAGCUCCAGGCUGAGAAACUUUCAGUUGCCUCAAGCAGUUGCCCAUCAGCACCAUGCCCCCAAGGGGUCUCAUGGCAGCCCCACAGCGUGUCCUGAAUUUUGGGGGCAGCGUAUGAAUGUCAGGAAGGGCUGAUGCUGAUAGCUUGAAUUGGGUGUUUUGUAAUAAAGAUGCGCAUGCGCCGCAUCACCAACGGGUGGGCUCAUUUGUGAAGCUUUGUCUGAGGAUGUUGCUAUGUGCUGCUGUUGCCUGAGGAAGGUGGGCGAAUCCAGGGUGAGGGAAGCCUGCCUUGGACUUCUGUGCCCACGGUUGGGAGGAUGUUGCCUUCAUGAAGGCAGCUGCUGACUUAUCUGCCCUACGCAUGCUGAGGAUGCAGAGCUCGUGAUGUAAGCUCCAGUUGUGGCCUCAAGUGGGGCUUGUCUGAUCCGUCCAGAACAAGCUUCAAAGCAGCAGGACAAGAAUGUAUUCUGUGUAGAAAGAAUAGUAUGUUCAGUGCAGGUCAGGCAAAGGCUCCCAGUUACAAUGCAGUGCAAAUUGUCAGUGAGCCUGGGUAGCUGAACUACAGAUUUGUUGAAACGACUGAAGACAGCAGCAAUCUGAUUCCCCUAACUUAUACCUACUUCAGGGCCAGGCUCAAUGGGCUGUUUUCCUUUCGCUGUCAAUUUUAGACGGUCCCUCUUUGGCAUUUUAAAUGUUGUUAUUUAUUGUUAGGAUCCUAGGAAAGUAGGGCUGGGAAGGGAACAUGAGGUCAUCUAGUCCAGCCUCCUGCUUGGCAAAAUCAUCCCUGGCUAAACCAUCCAGCCAAGUCUCUGUCCGAUCUGCUCUCCAAACUUCCAUGGAUGGAGUUUCCACAACUUCUCUAGGAAGCCUGUUCCAAUGCUUGACCACCCUUAUAGUGAGGAAGUUCUUCCUAAUUUCCAAGAUUAAUUUCCUCUGCUGCAGUUUGAGGCUAUUGCUCCUAGUCCGUAUAGUCACAGAGAAAAACCCAUCUCCAUCCUUUUUAUUAUCACUUUUCAGUUAUUUGAAGACUGUUGUCAAAUUCUCCUCGGUCUUCUCCAGACUAGAUAACUAGCUCUUUCAUCCUUUUCUCAUAAAUCUUGUUGUUGCUAUUGUUAUAAUUAUAGUACUUGUUUCUAUUGGGAAGGUGGGGUAGUGGAUUUAGUCAUGUUCUAGUAAGCCAGUGGAGGCCAACCAUAUUGGCAAGCAUACUACAAAUUAGUCCUGCACUCCGAGUGCCACUCCAGUCCUAUUCUGCCCAAUCUUCCGUUCUUCUUUUUGCUUCCUACUUGGUGCUCCCUGCCCAAUCUCCUGCUCUGCUUUCUGCUUCCUGUCCUGUGCCUUCUGCUUCCUGCCUUACCUACUACUGUAAUGUCUAUCCCCUCUCUGAUCUGUUGCAUGCUGCACAGAGGCUGCUUGUGCCACAGGUUAGCCAUCCGUGUACUAAGCUGUUAUGGUGUCUCUCAAAUGAUAUGAAAUAAUGGACUUAAAUUGGCUUAAUAAGAUGUCUACUUAAUUGUUUUUUUUGCUGAAGACAUGUAUGUCCAGCAACCAAAAAACCCCAACAGUUUUCAGCAGUAAAAAUAAGAGGUUAAUAUAUCCCCCCAACAGCAGAAACUGCAUUUCCCAGAAUGCCCUUCACUGACACAGGGGCCUGUGUUGCUGCCACUGCUGUGCCUUCCUGCUGAAGGAGCUAUGAGGAAGGGAGGAUGGGAGAGUGAAGCCCUUCCCACUCCACUCUAGUGUUCCCUCCCCCUGCACCUUUCCCCUUUAGGCAGUGCCAAAUGCCCUGCUUGCCCACCCAUUUUUAAGCUACUGCUGGUUACUAUAGUCUGUUAUUUAGAUCUUGUUUUUGCUUUAACUGUCUCAUGGUCCUCAAUGUGUUAAACUGAAAAUCAAAAUGCCCACAGGAAUGAAGCUCAGGAGAGAGCAUGCCUUGGUAUUGAGGAGACUUGCUGGGUCAGCCCUGAUCUUAGGCUAAAUGACCUCACCUCCCAGAAAGAGGUACUAGCUUGAGAACAACAGCAUACCUUAGCGGCGUCUGCCCAGGAGGUCAGAUUUAAUGACAUCAUCUGGAUGCUGCUCAGACUUGGUACACUUCAAGGGAAGUGAGAUCCAGGGAUUGGGUUAAAUACCAGAGCUCUGGUGACUGUCCACAAGGGAGGGAGGCAGGGCUGUGACACAGGGCUGUGACACAGGGCUCUGCAGGACCCUUGUCUCUUACUGAGUACUGUAUAGCAGAUAUACUUAGGGUUCCUUCAGGAAAGCAGAACUUAAAAGAUUUUCUUGAAAGCAUGCAUAGAAAGGGCAGAACUAAGAUUGUGCAGGGGAAGAAUAACUUUUGGUUAUUCUUGAUUUUACAGUGCUUCAUGUUGCAACAUUGGUGGGGCUGUUAACCUAAUUGUUAAUGGAAUGAAUGUUCUCAUUAAAAAAGAAAAAAAUUCUGCAGUGGAACAGUGACCUAGAGAGUUUGAGGACUCUUCUAUGCAAGAGGUACAUUCACCAAAGCAAGGAGUCUCAUGUAGUCUAGCAUAAUUCAGUACAAACCAGGACUGUAUGUAGUGAGAAUCUGAGAAUCUGCUGUCAUUGCCAUUGGGCUUGUGCUCUCACACUAGUGUGUGCCAUUAUGCUUGUGCUGUCACACCACUGUGUCCUCAGUCUUUUAUACUAAUACAUCAGCGUUGAAUGAAAUCCAGAGAUAUCCCUUUGUGAUAGUGCUCAGGCUCAGAGACUCUGAGGGUGAGUGCAGCAUAACCACUUUGGUGUAUGGAUGAUUGCUUCUGCUUUAUGCCAGUCUGACCUGGGGUUUUCCAUGAAUUGCAAUCAGUAGUAGCCAGCAGGAUCCAGAGAGCAUGUUCCAGUUUACAGCACUGUCACACUAACUGCUUAUUUGGCAAAUAUGGUUUCAAUGCCGUAGCAUUCUCAAAGAUUGUAAUUAGUCCCCAGUUCUGGGAUGCCUGAAAGAAUUGACCAGCUCCUAACAGCCAGGCCAUUGGGUAAUGUGGGGGAGUUGUUCCAUCUCUGUAUAAGCUGAACCCAAAAGCACCUUACUACUUCUACAUUGUGAAAAGGCAGUCAGCUAUCAGGCUCCUAGCUGCUUCCUUACUCAAUGCACUGUCUCUACAUGCUUUGUUUCCCUCCAAGCAUAAGCUUGUUAGAGCAGAGGCCAGCUCUUUUGCAUUUGCACAGCCUCUAGUACACUAGAGUGUUAUUGACAGUGAACAAUACUCGUCAUUCUUUGCAGAAGGUCCCUUGGAGCAGGGUGCUAUUAUUUUGUGCCAAGAGUGCAAAAGUCCCUGUAUCAGAGAUUUAUCACCAAGAUGAAGUGUCUCUUAGUAAACAAAGGUCUGUAUCUUAACGUUUGUGAUAUGACACCUAAGUGAAACUGCUCUUGUUGAAGCUA